AUGACCUAUAAGGCAGGGGAAGAGUUCUGGGGAGAUGAAGACUGCCAGAGUCAUUGCAAGUGUGAUGCCAAAUUAGGCAAGGCUGUAUGCCAAAAGUCUUCUUGCAAGGGCAAGACAAAAUGCAGCAUGGUCAAUGGUGUCCGGGGAUGCCAUGCUGUCAGUUACAAGACCUGCAUAGGAACCGGAGACCCUCACUAUACAACCUUCGAUGGGAAGAAAUACGAUUUCAUGGGAACCUGCAUUUACCAAAUGGCUGGGCUCUGCUCCCAGGAUCCUUCUCUGACCCCAUUUUUGGUCACCGUGGAGAAUAACCACCGAGGCAACAAGGCAGUGUCCUUCACUAAAGUGGUGACCCUGGAAAUCUACAACUUUACCAUCAGUAUGAGCCAAGAGUUUCCCAAAAAGAUCCAGGUCAAUGGCAUCUUUGUGGAACUGCCCUUUUCCUAUGAAAAUAAACUGAGCAUCUAUCAGAGUGGAGUUCACGGCUUCAUCAAGACUGACUUUGAUCUGCGUGUCAGCUUUGACUGGUACAGCUAUGCCAGGGUCAUCGUUCCCGACUCUUACGCCAAUGCACUCUGUGGCCUUUGUGGUAAUGCCAAUGAAGAUCAAACUGAUGACUUUCUCAUGAAAGAUGGAACCCAAGCAGAGGAUGAAAUUCAAUUUGCAAACAGCUGGAAGGUGGAAGAUAUUCCUGGCUGCUCUUCUGGAUGCACCAAAAAUUGCCCAGUGUGCAGUGAUGCUGAUAAACAAACCUACCAAGGUCCAUCCUACUGUGGGAUUCUUACAAGAAAGAGUGGGCCUUUCAGGCAAUGCCAUGAUGCCAUUGAUCCUCAGUCUUAUCUUGAUGAUUGUGUCUAUGAUACCUGCGCAUAUCAAGGUCACCAUGAGGCCCUCUGUAUUGCCAUCAGCUCCUACGUGACAGCAUGUCAAGCUCAAGGUAUGACUUGCCCACCUAACACCCACUAUGAGCUCUGUGGUAGUGGUUGUCCAGCCACAUGCAAGAGCCUCAUCUCACCGCAGAAGUGUGAUGUUCCAUGCCUGGAAGGAUGUUUUUGUGACUCUGGAUCUAUCCGCAGUGGGGAUCAGUGUGUUUCAAAUGCAAACUGUGGCUGUUUUGACCAAGGCCGAUACUACGAACUGGGAGAAGAGUUUUAUCCCACCACUUCCUGUGAGAAAAAGUGCAUCUGCAAGGAUAACGCAACCAUAGAAUGUCAAAAGUUCUCUUGUGGAGAAUAUGAGGUUUGCAAGAUUGUAAAAGGCGUUCAAGGCUGCCACCCCAUAGGCUAUGGAAAGGCCAUUGUAUUGGGGGAACCUCAUUUCAUUUCCUUUGAUGGAAGGCAUUUUGAACACUACGGCUCCUGUACUUACACCAUAGCUCAAGUCUGCCAGCACAAUCCUCAGCUCCAGAAUUUCACUCUGUGGGUAGAGAAUGAGAAGCUUGGUGAUGGUCCUUUAAUUCUAAUCCGGAAUCUGAAGCUCUUCAUUCAUGGUUCCACAAUCACCCUUCAGAGGGGACUAAAGUGGCAGGCCACGGUGGAUGGACAGUUGUAUACCCUGCCAAUGAAUGCAGCUGAUGGGAAAUUCUGGAUCACCCAAGAAGGGAACAACAUCAUUAUUUCUACAACCUUUGGCCUCACAGUCCUAUAUGAUACUUCUUCAUAUAUUCAGGUUUCUGUGCCCAGUACUUACGUAGAUCGUAUGUGUGGCCUAGCUGGAAACUUCAAUGGGGAUCCAAAGGAUGACAUCAUGCUACCUAAUGGAAAACUCACUGAAAAUGUGGAAGAAUUUGUGGCUUCUUGGAAGGUCCCAGUGAAUGGUGUAAUUUGUUCUGAUGGCUGUGGGGACAGAUGUCCCAUCUGCAACAAAGCCCAGAAAACAAAAUAUGAAGCUGAGAACUUCUGUGGAAUGAUCCCAUCCAAGACAGUCUUCAAGCCUAUGUAG